GCGGCACCUCUUCCCGGCACGAGAGGUGGGCGAGGGCUGGCCGGGCCCUGUGGCGGCCGCCGGCCCGCCGUUAUGCAUCCCGCGAGCUCCUGGGAGCCGGCCUGGGGAAGGCAGCCGGCCGGCCGGAGGGAGCUGCAGACGGAAUAGGGAGCCGGCUCCCAGCCCGUUACUUUGGGGCCAGGCCAGCCACCUCCGUGUCCAUGAGCCCGCCGCCCUCCUGUCAGAGCUGCCGCCGCCGCCGCCGCCGCUGCCUCCUUCACCAGCAGCCACUGCCAACUAGGGCGCACAUUGCCGCCGCCGCCGCCGGGCCCAGUUCGCUCGGCCCUGCCAUCUCCUUCCCUCUGCGCAGCAGAAGGAAACGACUACAGACUCCCGUGUGAAGAGAAUGGCUGUGACUUUAGAACAGGCCCGAAGGGCGGCCUAUAUAUUUCUGAAAGCACUCUUAAGAUUUGGCUUCAUGGUUUCCAAUAACCUUGUCGCUAUUCCGUCCUACAUUCUGUAUUUAAUAGUACUGCAACCUCUCCGAUUGUUGGAUAGUAAACGGUUCUGGUAUAUUGAAGGAGUAUUAUUUAAAUGGCUUUUAGCUAUGGUGGCUUCCUGGGGCUGGUGUGCAGGAUAUACAGUCAUAGAAUGGGGAGAUGAUAUUAAAACCAUCUCAGAAGAUGAAGCUGUGAUGUUGGUGAACCAUCAAGCAACAGGAGACAUUUGCACCCUAAUGAUGUGCCUUCAGGACAAAGGCACGGUUGUUCGUAAGAUGAUGUGGCUGAUGGAUUAUAUUUUUAAAUAUACAAACUUUGGAAUUGUAUCUCUAAUUCAUGGAGACUUCUUUAUAAGACAGGGAAAAGCUUAUCGUGACCGGCAGCUUUUGCUUCUCCAAGAACAUCUAGAAAAACAUUAUAGGAGCCGCGAUCGGAAGUGGAUUGUUUUGUUUCCAGAAGGUGGUUUUCUUAGAAAAAGAAGAGAGACCAGUCAGGCAUUUGCCAAGAAAAACAAUUUGCCAUUUCUUACACAUGUUACACUGCCAAGACUGGGGGCCACACAAGUUAUAUUGAAAAACCUGAUAGCUCAGCAAGAAAAUGGAACUCUGGCAGGUGGCGAUGCUCCAGAAGCAGAAAGUAAACCAAAAGGUCUUCAGUGGGUGAUAGAUACAACCAUUGCAUAUCCCAAAGCUGAACCCCUAGACAUCCAGACCUGGAUUCUUGGCUAUAGGCGACCAACAAUUACACAUGUACAUUACAGGAUUUUUCCAAUUAAAGACGUACCUGUUGAGCCUGCAGCCCUCACCGUUUGGUUGUAUCAACGGUUCAUUGAAAAGGAGGAUCUUUUGUCACACUUUUACAAAACAGGAGCGUUCCCCCCUUUGCAGGGACAGACAGAAAUUGUUUCCCGGGAGAUGACCCUUAGCAAUUUGUGGCUGAUACUCGUACAGUUGUUUGCGUUUUUGUCAGGUGGUAUGUGGUACUGCAUUCUUCAGUAUUUUUAUCAAUGCCUAUUUUAAAAGGUGAAUGAAUGGGACCUAAGAACAAAAGGAGGAACUUGGUACUUUACAGAGUGCAUCAUGUUAUGUUCAAAUGUGAAUAUACCAGGAUAAAGGAACAUUACUGGAUGGACUUACUCCCCCUUCGGGAAUUUUAAACUCCGCUAGGAGAGAGAAUCAGUAACACAGCAACCUAAUGAUGUAUUUUAAGAACUGUCCAUAUUUUUAAAGGGUGUGUCUUCCUCGCACAUCCACGUCAGCAAAUUCGGUGUUUGAACAGGAGAUACAAUUAUACAACCACCACAGGUGAACAUCUGCUGCAAGAUUGCUUUCACCGCAGGUAGUAUUCAGCAUUGUAGUAAAAACUCGGAAUCUUCAACAACUUUCUCUCCAGUAGUCUGUACUGCAAGUCUUGUGGUAGAGAUCCCUCAUCUGCACAAGCUCAAGUUGUAUUGUAAUUAAUCAUGCUGGAUCUGUUUAAUGUACUCUGCAGACCUGGUUAUGGUAUUGUGACUGCCCCAUGUUACCUGUUUAGUAGAGACCUCUCUCUCUUCUUCUUCUUCU